UCGACUGACGGGGCGUGUCUCUAGGCGGCCGGAGACCACGCUCCUCCUCCUUCCGCGUUCGAGACCAGAGCUGACACUAUGUCUGCCUACCCGAAAAGCUACAAUCCUUUCGACGAUGACGCGGAGGACGAGGAAGCCAAGCCAGCCCAAUGGACGGACAAUCGCGACCUCCCCAGUGGACACGACGCUCCUAUGGACAGGCAGCAGUACUUGCGACAGGAGGUUCUGCGCAGGGCCGAGGCCACGGCCGCCAGCACCAGCAGGUCUCUGUCCCUCAUGUACGAGUCUGAGAAGGUCGGGGUCGCCUCUUCUGAGGAACUGGUCCGACAGCGAGGAGCCCUAGAACGCACAGAGAAAAUGGUGGACAAAAUGGAUCAAGAUUUGAAGACCAGUCAGAGACACAUCAACAACAUUAAGAGUAUGUUUGGAGGGUUUGUCAAUUACUUCAAAUCCAAACCAGCAGAGACUGUACCAGAACAGAACGGCACCCUCAUCCCCCAGCCCAGCAGCAGAUUGAAAGAAGCUAUAAGUACAAGUAAAGAACAAGAGGCAAAAUACCAGGCCAGCCACCCAAACCUCAGAAAGCUGGAUGAUGUUGAUGCUGUCCUUGAUGGGCCUGGUUCUGUAAGUAACGAGACUUACCCAAAGAAUGUACACCUCCGAGCCUAUCACCAGAAGAUUGACAACAACCUAGAUGAGCUGUCUAUGGGGCUGGGCCGUCUGAAGGACAUAGCCCUGGGAAUGCAGACAGAAAUCGAGGAGCAAGAUGACAUUCUGGACCGACUGACAACCAAAGUGGACAAGUUAGAUAUCAAUAUAAAAGGCACAGAAAGAAAAGUUCGACAACUCUAAAAGACAGAAGUGGAUUUCCACUCCAUGGUGAUGAAAAGAUUUCAAAAGAUCUCUCUUUAAAUUCCUAAGAAAUUUUACUUAUUAUUUAGUAUGUAAUUAACACGUGUUUGCAUAUGUCCUAAUAGAGUGAAUUUUAAGAGA